AUGGCGGACCCUGGCGAAGCGGGCCGGGAGGAGCUCGGGGCCGCCGCCGCUGAGCAGGAGCCGCCGCCCGCGGCCUCGUCCCCCUCGGGGGAUGGAGCGGCGGCAGCGGAGGAGCCGGCGGCCGCGGAGGUGGCAGGCGAGGGCGAGGCGGGAGAGGCUGAAGGGGGCGGCGAGCCCAAGGCGGAGGCGCCGGACGGGGAGGUGAGGAGCGCGGAGGGGGAGGCGGUGGACGGGGAGGACCCCAGCCUGCAGCCGUCCGCGGCCAAGAAGGUGAAGCUGGAGCUGAAGGAGAGGAAGGAGAAGAAGCACAAAGUGGACGAGGACGAGAUCCAGAAGAUGCAAAUACUGGUCUCUUCCUUUUCUGAAGAACAGUUGAACCGUUACGAGAUGUAUCGCCGGUCUGCUUUCCCCAAAGCUGCUAUUAAACGGCUGAUCCAGUCCAUCACUGGCACCUCCGUCUCUCAGAAUGUGGUUAUCGCCAUGUCUGGCAUUUCCAAGGUCUUCGUUGGGGAGGUGGUGGAGGAAGCACUGGAUGUGUGCGAGAAGUGGGGGGAACUGCCACCUCUGCAGCCCAAACACAUGCGAGAGGCGGUCAGGAGGCUCAAGUCACGAGGACAGAUCCCCAAUUCCAAAUAUAAAAAGAUCAUCUUCCACUGAAGCAUCCCAAGAGCAGCAAGAGAAAGACAACAGAAGUUAAAACAAGCUUCCUGUAACUCUUGUGAAGUUCACAACAGCAGAGCUACAAGCCUGAAGCUCCUUCAGGAGCGUUGGGUGUGGACUCAAGUGACUGCAGGGAGGCUUCCUGCCAUCACUGCCGAAGCCUGGCUUGUCAGCUGAGCACUACACAGAAGUCGGCAGAAGCCAAAUCCCUCACCUGGAGCCCUGGGCUCCUUUGCUUCAACGGAGCAGGGAUAGGAACGUUCAGGGUCUUCUGUGUAUUUACCCACCAGGAUCAUACUUUCUGGUGGCACAGAUCGAGUGGUGUCUGUGUACAGAAGUGUCUGGGUUUUUUUUGUACAUUAAACUUGUUAUUGUAUUCUUA